AUGCCCCGGAGCCGAAAGUGGGGCCGAUCGGUGCGGUGCGACGCGCUGCCAAUCAACACCAUCGCGAACUUUUGGCGCGGGACCAAAAUGGAACGAACAUAUGACGACGCCAAGUCGCUGAAGCGCAGCCAUUCGGAAACCCAAGAUGAUGAUGACAGCUCCUCCGACGAUGACAUGGGCCCGCAGCUGCCAUCCCAAGCACCGAAAAAGAAGCGCCGUGUCCUCCCAUACGAAAAGCUCUACACCUCGGCCCUGCCAAAGUCACCCCGCUACUCCAAGUCGCUUAUGCACAAGGAGCAGCUUGCCUUUGUGCUCUGGACCCCGAUCACCGAAUUCCUCAUCACCGUGUCCGUCGAUGGCGUCGUCAAGUUUUGGAAGAAGAUUGCGCAGGGCAUCGAGUUCGUCAAGGAAUUCAAGGCGCACGCGGGCGAGAUCAAGUCGGUUUCCGUCAGCGCGGACGGCCGAAGUUUUGCUACUGCAGGGCUGGACAAGACGGUCAAGAUCUUUGACGUGAUCACUUUCGACUUGCUGGCCAUGAUGCAACUUGACUAUGUCCCGCGCUGCGUCUGCUGGGUGCACAAGAAGGGCGCCAGGCUGCCCCUGCUUGCCGUCUCAGAGUCUGAAAAGCCGCUGAUCCAUAUCUUGGAUGGGAGGGGUGAAAAAACGGAGCCCAUACAUACCAUCAAGGGACUCCAUCGAAGCCCGGUAACUCUAAUGGCCUUCAACGAUGCAUACGACUGCGUCAUAUCGGCCGAUCAAGGAGGUAUGCUGGAGUACUGGAGACCAAACGAGACAUAUCAAAAGCCCGACAAUGUCUUUGCCAUGAAGAGCUCCACAAACUUGUUCGAAUUCAAGAAGGCCAAGGCGGUGCCUACCUCGCUUACAAUAUCCCCCAAUGGUGACAAGUUUGCCACGUAUUCUUCACCAGACCGCAAGAUACGAGUCUUUGAUUUUGCGACUGCGAAAUUGUAUAGGACAUACGACGAGUCCAUACGCACGGUUGAGGAGAUGCAGCAAGCCGGGACUGCGAUCCAAAAGCUCGACGAUAACGAGUUCAAGCGGCGGUUGGCGCAGGAGCGGGAGCUGGAUGCCCCUGCCCUUGCGGACAAGAUCAAUGUGAUUUUCGACGAGUCGGGUCACUUCAUCAUGUACGGCUCGAUCCUCGGCGUUAAAGUGCUCAACACGUACUCGAACAAGGUGGUCAAGGUCUACGGCAAGGACGAAAACUUUCGCGCUCUCAACCUGGCCAUUUACCAGGGCCAGCCCCAGAAGAAAGGCGUCACGACGGUGGCCAUGGCCGCCUCGAGUAACCCCCUACUGCAGGAGUCGGAGGUGCGCGACCCCAUCUUGGUGACCACGGGUGCGGGCAAGGGGCGCUUUUACAUGUUCACCAACGACGAGGACAUCUCCAAGACGACGCGUGACGUGCAGAACGAGAAGCCGACCAUCCUCGGCGGGGCCAAGAAGGCUGCCGAGAAGAAGGCCGAGACGGGCUCUUCGGCCAUCAUCCACACGUCCUACGGCGACAUUCACAUCCGCUUGUUCCCCGACGCGGCGCCCAAGGCGGUGGAGAACUUUGUCACGCAUUCCAAGCGCGGAUAUUACAACAAUACGAUUUUCCACCGAGUUAUUCGCAAGUUCAUGAUCCAAUGUGGAGAUCCAUUGGGCGAUGGCACCGGCGGCGAGAGUAUCUGGGGUAGGGAGUUUGAGGACGAGUUCAGCAGUCUGAAGCAUGACAAGCCGUACACAGUCAGCAUGGCCAAUGCCGGGCCCAACACCAACGGCAGUCAAUUUUUUAUCACCACAGAGAAAACAUCCUGGCUUGAUGGGAAACAUACGAUUUUUGGUAGGGCGGUUCAGGGAUUCGAUGUCAUCCACAAGAUCGAGAAUGCCCGGACGCACAAAGAAAAGCCGGAAGAGGAUAUUAAAAUCCUGAACAUUGACGUUUUCUGAAUGAGUAAUGUCGUAACAUAGACUCGCUUCUCCUAAAUAUAGAGGCCAAAAGAUU